AUGACUGCUUCUUCGUCAAUACAUAGAGCUAUUAGGCAACAGCUGAGAGCAGCAUGCUACGAGGUCCGUGAGCAAUUCAUAACCAAUUCGAAAAAGAAACGCGAGUUUCGAAAACAGAAACGCGAGUUUCCAAAACAGAAACGCGAGUUUCCAAAACAGAAACGCGAGUUUCCAAAACAGAAACGCGAGUUUCCAAAACAGAAACGCGAGUUUCCAAAACAGAAACGCGAGUUUCCAAAACAGAAACGCGAGACGCGAGUUUCCAAAACAAACAGAAACGCGAGUUUCCAAAACAGAAACGCGAGUUUCCAAAACAGAAACGCGAGUUUCCAAAACAGAAACGCGAGUUUCCAAAACAGAAACGCGAGUUUCCAAAACAGAAACACGAGUUUCCAAAACAGAAACGCGAGUUUCCACCAAGUUUCCAAACUGAAAUUUUAA